UCAAUUAAAUGAGUGUUGUGCGAGAAGCGGAAAUUGUCGGUCAUUCAUAAGUUCGCGCGGCAAAAUUAGGUCAGUUAUAUUACAUUUUCAUUAAUGAAUACAUAUCAAAAGUGAAUUAAACAAACUGAAUAUUGGAUUCAACUUAUAACAAAGGAAUGUUGACCAACCUAGAAACUUAAAAACUAUCAGUGAAAUUCUAGGCCACAAUCUUACGCAGCCUUUAACAUGAUCUUAACAGCUAUACUUGUUGCGAUUGUGGGCGCCUUGAGCGCUAUCUAUAUGUGGUUUCAGCAAAGACACAGUUAUUGGAAGCGUAACGGAGUGCCUUAUAUAGAGCCCACCCUGAUUUUGGGUAAUACCCUGACAGUGUUUAAGCAAAAGAGCUCCUUUGGCUUGCACAUCUCAGAAAUAUACAAUGAUCCGCGGAUGAAGGAUGAAGCUGCCGUUGGCAUCUAUGUGAUAAAUCAGCCGGCAUUGGUCUUAAGGGAACCCGAACUAAUUAAAUCUGCGUUAAUUAAAGACUUUAAUCGUUUCUCUAACCGAUACGGUCGUUCUGAUCCACAUGGUGACACGCUUGGUUCACAAAAUCUAUUCUUUGUGCGCAAUCCGGAAUGGAAGGAAAUUCGCACUAAAUUGACGCCCGUCUUUACCAGCGGAAAAUUGAAAGCGAUGUAUCCUCUCAUGCAGGAGAUAGCUGCCGACUUGGAGUCACAUUUGGCGAGACAUAAUCCGGGCCAGACUGAAAAAUACAUUUCGGAUUUGAAGGAUAUUUGCUCUAGGUUUACAAUGGACUCUAUAUCUGCCAUUGCGUUUGGGGUAAAUGCUGAUAGCUUGCAAAAUCCAAAGGGGGAGUUUUAUGAGCAGGGGCGCAAAGUCCUUACGGCGACGCUUUUGCGCAGCAAGGACUUCUUUGUGGCUUUCUUUCUGCCGAAGCUGGUUUCGUUGUUUCGCAUUAGGUUCUUCACACGAGAAUAUUCCGACUUUAUACGAAACACAAUCAAUCAUGUGAUGGACGAACGGGAGCGCACAGCGACUAUACGAAAUGAUCUCAUUGAUGUAUUGGUUGGUUUACGUAAGGAAGCUGCCGAGGAUCCCACGAAACCACAUUUAGCCAGAAAGAAGGACUUUCUGGUUGCUCAGGCAGGUGUCUUCGUUACCGCCGGCUUUGAGACAUCCUCGUCGGCCAUGUCGUUUGGCCUGAUGGAGCUGGCCAAACAGCCGGAGUUGCAAAAGCGUCUGAGAAAUGAAAUCCAUGAAGCUCUGCUGAAGGAUGGCGGAAAACUAACCUACGAGACAAUCACCUCGUUGGAAUAUCUUGGCAUGGUGGUGGAUGAGGUACUUCGCAUGUAUCCUGUGCUACCUUUUCUCGAUCGUGAAUAUAUGAGCAUUAAGGGUACGCCGGAUCUCUCUCUGAAGCCCUACUACGACUACACACUGGAGGCUGGCAUACCAGUCUUUAUACCCGUCUAUGGCUUACAGCGUGAUCCUAAAUACUGGCGAAAUCCAAAUGAGUUUGACCCGGAACGCUUUUCGCCUGAAAAUCGCAAGACAAUUAAUGCAAUGGCCUAUCAACCAUUUGGCUUGGGACCACACAAUUGCAUUGGCAGUCGAAUCGGGCUGCUUCAAGCCAAGCUGGGUUUGGUUCACUUUCUUAAGAAUCACUACGUACGCACUUGCUCCGAAACCGUAGAAGAUAUUGAAUUUGAUCCGAAUACUUUUGUACUCCAACUAAAGAAGGGACUUUAUCUUGAAAUUGUUAACGAUAAGCUCUACGAUGAUAGUACUAAGAAUUUUGUCAUGCUACCUUUAUGGAUGUAUCUGCUGGUUCUUAUUGCGCUCAUCAGCUAUCUACGCCUGCUGCACUCUUAUCGCUACUUUCGACGGCACAAUUUGCCCUAUUUGCCGGUCUCUUUCUGGACGCCUUUAGGGCAUUUGAAGAAGCUGCUGUUUCUGCGCAUAUCUUUUGGAGAUCUCUUUGAAAAUAUUUAUGCCAAUGAGCGUAUUAGUGAAGAGAAGUGCGCUGGUUUCUUUAUCUUUCAGACGCCCGCACUCAUUAUAAGGGAUCCAAAGCUAAUACACCUUGUGCUAAUCAAACAAUUCGAUAGCUUCUUGAAUCGCUAUGAAGCCGCUGAUGCUGUAAAUGAUGUGAUGGGAUCACUCACUCUCCCUUUGGCCAAGUAUCAUCAUUGGCGGGAGAGUCGUCAGUGCAUGUCCCAACUGUUUACCAGCGGUCGGAUGAAGAAUCACAUGUACCCACUGUUACAGCAAGUGUUACAAGAUCUGGAGCAACAUCUCCAGCGGAAAAUGGGAGCAGAAACGCAACGCGUGCUCCCGCUAAGCGAAAUGUGCCAACUUUAUACAACAGAUGUGACGGGUAAGCUCUUCUACAGCUCAGAUGUGGGUGGACUGCGGUAUAGUUAUUCUCCACUGAGACACGAGGCAAAGAAACUCUUUAAGCCCAGCUUGAUGAAGGUUCUGCAUUUUAUGAGCAUCUUCUUUCUUCCCCACUGGGCGGCAUAUUGGCGUGCUAAGGUAUUUUCCAAGCAGUAUUCGAAGUUCAUGAGACAACUGGUGUCUCGGCACUCUGAUCACCAUCAAGGUGAUCUUAUCCACUUGUUAAAGCAACUGCAACUUAAUCGACCCCACAACCAUUAUGUUCAGCACCCUGAUUUCAUUGCCUCCCAGGCUGGAAUUAUUUUGCUAGCAGGAUUUGAGACAUCCUCCGCACUGCUGGGAUUCACUCUCUAUGAACUGGCUAAGCAGCCGCUAUUGCAGCAGCGGCUAAGAGAAGAGUUGGGCAAGGCCUUUCGCGAAGACUCCCACUCAAAGUUAAGCUAUGAAAUGGCAGUUUCAUUGCCGUACUUGAAGAUGAUUUGCCUGGAGGCAUUGCGUCUGUAUCCCGCCGCCGCCUUUAUCAAUCGUGAGUGCACGACAAACCAAAGUGAAGGAUUCUCCCUGCAACCACAUGUGGACUUUGUGAUACCCGCAGGCAUGCCAGCUUAUAUCUCCAUACUAGGGUUGCACCGCGAUGCCAAGUACUGGCCCAAUCCUCUGCAUUUCGAUCCAGAACGAUUUGCCCCGGAGCGGCUAGAGAGCAUUGUGCCCAUGACGUAUAUUCCCUUUGGAGCUGGUCCACAUGGCUGCAUUGGAAGUCGUCUCGGUAUGUUGCAACUUAAGUUGGGUGUUGCCCAAAUUUUGAGAUUGCAUCGUGUGGAGAUCUGUGAGAAAACUGUGCCCAACAUUCGUUUUAAUCCGAAAACAUUUAUGCUGGAGUCCAUGGACGAGAUAUACUUACGAUUCUGUAGAGAUCCUUGCUAAAUACACUAUAUUUACGUUACACUAUAUUACGAGUA